AUGAGACAGAGGCCUCUAGCGACAGUAAAUCGACUUUCUGACCCCGAUAUCCUUUCGUUUGCUGCAACUGACCAAGCCAACAGCAAUCAUCUCGUCAACGAAGAAGAAGCCCUCGCCCGAGCAAGAGCCCAGCCCGACUCCUCGAACCCCAUCUGGAUCACCUUCAGCGUCGACGAUCGAGACAACCCCCGAAACUUCCCUCGUUGGAAGAAAUGGUACAUCACCGCCUUGGUCAGCUACUACAAUUUCCUGGCUUCGACGGGUGCGUCGGGGUAUACGAAUGCUUCGGCGGGGAUCUCGCAGACAUAUCAUGUCAGUAGGGAGGUGUCGACCCUGGGAAUGUCGAUGUUCGUGUUUGGAUUCGCUCUGGGACCGCUGCUGCUGGCGCCCUUGAGCGAGUACUACGGCCGACGACCGAUCUACGUCGUAUCGCUGUUCGUGCUCUUCAUCUUCCAGCUCCCCAUCGCCCUGGCGCCUAACAUCGGCACCAUCCUGAUAUGCAGAUUGCUGGGAGGCAUCGGCGGCUCUGUGGCGUUAACGAACGCCGGCGGGUCGAUUUCGGAUAUCUGGACGAGGGAUGAGAAUGGAUACGCCAUGAUGUACUACGCAUUGUUUUCCGUGGCGUCUCAGCCGCUCUCGCUGGCCAUGACGGGAUACAUCUCACAAGAUCUAGGGUGGCGCUGGGUGUUCUGGUGGCAGAUGAUCGUCUUUGGUGUGUCCUGGUUGAUCACACUCAUCUACAUGCCCGAGACGAGACACAGCAGCGUGCUGGAGAGGAAAGCCAGACGCGUACGAAAGAUGCUGGCGAAAGAAGGCUUCGGCGAUGCAGCGGUCCUAGAACAGAUCUCGGACGCCCAUAACCACGGACGGAAACGCAGUCUCCACAGGCUGUUUGCCAGGAACCUAACCCGGCCGUUCAAGUUCCUCUUCACAGAGCCCAUCACCAUCGGGGCCGCAGCGUAUCUGGGCUUCAUCUACGCGAUGCUGUUCAUGUUCAACGAAUCCUUCUCCCUCGUCUUCGGCAACAACCACAAUUUCAACACAGGCGAGAGCGGGCUCUCCUUCCUCGGCGUCGUCGUGGGUGCCGUCCUCGCGGCCUGCUGCCACCCUCUGCAAGAACACUACUAUCGGAAACGAGUCGCCCAAAACGACGGCAAAGGCGUCCCGGAGGCGAGGAUGUGGACUGCUUGCGUUGGAGCCUUUUUCAUGCCCAUUAGCCUCUUCUGGUUUGCUUGGACAUCAUUUAAAUCCGUCCCUUGGAUCGUCCCUAUCAUCGCCUCCGCGUUCUGGGGCGCGGGAAUCUUCAUCGUUACGCUGGCUAUGCUGAACUACCUCGUUGACAGUUACCAGACCUACAGCGCCAGUGCGUUAGCCGGGGCGAACGUUGUACGGAACGCACUCGGCGCGGUGUUUCCGCUUUUUACGGAUCAGAUGUACAAUGCUAUGGGGUAUGAGUGGGCGGGGACGUUUGUGGCGUGUUUGAGUUUGUUGUUUGUGCCGUUGCCGAUUUGGUGGUUUUGGAGGGGGGAGAGGCUGCGGUUGAGGAGUCCUUGGGCGAGGGAGCACUUUGAUCAGAGUGAGGAUAAUCCGCAUUGA